CUGCAUUCUGGAGCCCGGAGCCGCUGCCUUUGCUGCUGCUGCUGCUGCACCGCCACCUCUCCUUCUCCGCCUCUGACCACCUGCUGCACUCCCACCCCUAGUCCAGCUGCUCCUCUCACCAGGCCAUGACCCCGGCCCCUCCACGGACCCUGACCCAGCCCUGAGCCCUGGGACCCCUGGGCCAUGGCCAACUCGGGCCUCCAGCUCCUGGGCUACUUUCUGGCCCUGGGCGGCUGGGUGGGCAUCAUCGCCAGCACAGCCCUCCCACAGUGGAAGCAGUCCUCCUACGCAGGCGACGCCAUCAUCACUGCCGUGGGCCUCUACGAAGGGCUCUGGAUGUCCUGCGCCUCCCAGAGCACUGGUCAGGUGCAGUGCAAGCUCUAUGACUCCCUGCUCGCACUGGAAGGUCACAUCCAGUCAGCGCGAGCCCUGAUGGUGGUGGCCGUGCUCCUGGGCUUCGUGGCCAUGGUCCUCAGUGUCAUCGGCAUGAAGUGCACCCGGGUCGGAGACAGCAACCCCAUCGCCAAGGGCCGCAUCGCCAUCUCCGGGGGUGUCCUCUUCCUCCUGGCGGGCCUCUGCACUUUGACAGCCGUCUCAUGGUAUGCCACCCUGGUGACCCAGGAGUUCUUCAAUCCAAGCACACCUGUCAAUGCCAGGUACGAAUUUGGCCCAGCCCUGUUCGUGGGUUGGGCCUCUGCUGGCCUCGCCAUGCUGGGGGGCUCCUUCCUCUGCUGCACGUGCCCGGAGCCUGAGAGAGCCAACAACAGCCCGCAGCCCUACCGGCCCGGCCCCUCGACUGCAGCCCGAGAGUACGUCUGAGCCCCUGCUUGCGCCCAGCAGCCUCCCGCCCAGCACUCCGCCGGCCCCUGCAGCACCCUGGCAGGGCCAGCAGGGCACCAGGUGUCCCCGAGCUCCGUCUAGGGCUCUGAGCAGCUUGUCCACAACAUAGGCACCCACCCUGCACUUGGAGAUCCAGACCCAGACUCUCAGAGAGAGGCCGGAGGCAGGCCCCGCCCCCAGGUGCAGGACAGUCAGGUACAGGCCCAGACUGGCCGCACAGCAGCCCCGGUGCCAGCCACUCCCCAGCCGUUACUCACUCACUGAAGGGCCAUGUGAGCGUCCACUCUGUGCUGGGCCCUGGGGACACAGCAGUAAAGAUGGACUUUGGUGCCCUGUGCCUUGGGGCGGCCAGAGCCCUUCACCCCCCACCCCACCCCGGGCCCAUGGGCUCCUCACAGCAACCCCAUAAAGGAGGCAGCGCCAGGAUGACGAAUGUCCCCAUGUCACAGAAAGGAAACAGGUUCAGAGAGACCAAGAGGCUUGGCCUGCUCUCUCUGAGUUCAAGUCUCAUGCUCUUGCAGUAUGCCCAGCGCUGUGUGAACACCCACACAGAUGGCUGGGCCAGACCACAUCACCCCCGUCCCCAGGAAUGGGCCCCAGGCAGGGCUGCUGUGAGGGCCCAGGUCUGACCGUGCUGGCCACUCCCUGUGUCUGGGCCUGAACCCCACAGCCCCUGCCCACCCCCACUGCUGCUCACCCCACUAACCAGCUCUCUCUCUUUUGACUUUCAGACCAGGUGUUAAAUUGUCCGCCUCCGUCAAGGGCCCCCUGGGUGUGUAAAUGUCCAGGUCCCCAGCCUGCCUCUGUCCCCCUGCCACACCUAGACUGUGUUUGGUAUUUUUUGGAAAGAGAAGUGAACAUCCAGCCCCAAGUGUGGUGUCAUUUGAUCUGUCCCCGGCAUGGCUAGGGUGAGGCCUGGCUCAGGGAGGUCAGAGCUGAUCCCUGGGGUCCUUGGACAUAAAGGUGGGGAGACAGAGGUCCAGGGUGGGAGACACAGAACAUCCAAGGUUGAUCCGGAAAGAACUCAGGGCCCCUGUCCCGCCGUGGGCUUGGCACCAGGAAGCCCUUGAAGGAAGACCCCACCCUGAGGCCUGGCCCAGGGCCGGGAUCUGGCCCCGGGGCCAGGGAGGCCCUGGUCUGAAGAGAGACAGCCCCUCCCCUGUUACUCUGCCUGCCCCUGGGAGCCCUGCUGGGGUUCAGGGUAGUCCCAGGGAGGCCCUUCAGCUGGGUGCUGGGUAUCAGAUCCAGGGUGAGGGGACACUGUAGGAGCUCGCUAAGUGGAGAAGGGCUAGGGGAAGGACGUUAGGGCCUUUCAGGCUUUAGGAUUGUCCUGAGCAAGGUCAGAUGCCCCCAGCUCUGCUCCCACCCCAAUGCUGCCCAUUUCUCCCAUGCUCAUUUGUCCUCACCAGUCUGCUGAGGUCCCGCUGCAUCACUGCCCU